AUGACUACCCGGCCAUUACGCGAGGCUCCCCGCGAUCUCCCCUCAAUAAUCAAGCUCGAAGACUCCCUCAAGCUCACACACUUCACCGCCGACGACGCCUUCUCCCUCGGCCUCAACAUCCGGCAACGACUCCGCGCCCUCUCCUCCAACUCGGCCGUCGUGAGCAUCUCCCACGCCAACUCACAGAAUCUGCUCUUCCACGCCACCAGUCGCCCUGGCGUCCAGCCGGACAACGACAUCUGGGUCGCACGGAAGCGUAAGACCGUGCACCGAUGGGGCGUGAGCACGUGGUUCAUGAGCAAUAAGUUCAAGGGGGAUGAGGCGGAGUUUGCACGGAAAUAUGCCCUUGGGACGGGGCCCGAGGCGGGUAGCUACGCCAUUCAUGGAGGUGGAGUGCCCGUGCGGGUGAAGGGCGUGGAAGGGAUCGUGGCCGUCGUCGUGGUGAGUGGGUUGAAGCAGGAGGAGGAUCAUAUGGUUGUGGUGGAGGCGUUGGAAGAGUUUGUAAGGCAGGAGGGGGGUUUGGACAAGAAGAGGAGUGUGGAGGGAGAGGACCCCGUCGUUCUUGAUGCGUAG